AUGGUAUUCCCAACCUGGGUUUUGUUGUUCUUUUCAGCCUUAACUGGCGUAGUCGCUGGUCCGGUAAAGAGGGGGUUCAGUCUUGAGAGGAAGGAGAAUCCAUUCUACCCACUCGAUGAGGUAGACAAGCUAGAAGAGUCACUUCUUCCCAGGUUCGAAGCGUAUCUCGCCAAAAAGAAUGUGUCGUCCCAUGGGUGUACUCUUGAGAAUGCAGUGAAGAGGAUGGAAUGGGGUGAUCUCACGGUCCCACAAAGAGAGGAAUACAUCCGAGCUGUACUUUGCUUACAGUCAAAGCCGCCCAAGUCACCAACCGACAAGUAUCCUGGUGCUCUUUCUCGAUACGAUGACUUUGUGUUGACGCACGAGACGCUUGCCUUUCAUCUCCAUUCAACGCCCCAUCUGCUUCCCGCACACCGCCUGUACAUUUGGGCCUACGAAAAGGCCCUUCGAGACGAAUGUGGAUAUACUGGAUAUCAGCCUUACUGGAACUGGGGCCGAUAUGCGGCAGAUCCUAUCAACUCUCCUCUCUUUAACGGGAACAUGUCCAGUAUGGGUGGCAAUGGGAAGCCUAGCAAUUACUCCGGGGUCAUGACUAUGGGAUUUAAGAAACCAUACGACGUUAUUCCGCCGGCUGGAGGUGGGGGCUGUGUAACUGAAGGACCUUUCAAGAAUAUGACAAUAAGCCUAGGCCCAAUUGGUGGUGUUCUGAACGAUGUCCCAAAGAAUCCUCGCUCUGAUGGCUUCGGGUCCAAUCCCCGAUGUCUCCGUAGAGACGUGAACAAGUUUUCGGCGGCUGUUACAACGGCCAAUUAUACGUAUGCCCUCAUUACAGAGAAUAAAGAUGUUGAAAAGUUUCAGGCUGUUAUGCUAGGCACACCAGAGAAGAACGACUGGGGUGUUCACAUGGGCGGCCACUACACUAUUGGAGGAGAUCCCGGCGGGGACUUCUUCUCAUCUCCUGGGGACCCGGUCUUCUGGUUCCAUCACGGUAUGAUCGAUAGAAUCUGGUGGAUUUGGCAAAUGCAGGAUCCUGAGAAACGUAUGAAUGUAGUACCAGGCAACCCUCCCCUAGACGAUGUUGUGGACCUUGGCUGGACUGCGUCAAAUGUCUCUAUGUGGGAUUUGUUGACGAACAUUGGAGGAAAUGCGGGCAAGUUUUGCUAUAUCUACGUUUAA